AUGUCCUCCUGCACUCUCUUUUAUGGAUUUCUCAUCGUGCUGUUCACGUACUCCGCCGGGUGGAUAAUAUGGACACUCUUUUUGCACCCGUUGAGCGGUUAUCCGGGACCCAGAUUGGCUGCCAUCACACCUCUGGUGCAUCUCCUCUGGGAUAUUCAAGGCAAGCAGCACUCAGUCAUUACCAGCCUCCAUGACAAGUACGGUGAUGUCGUUCGUAUUGCACCGAAUGCCCUUGCCUACCGAGCUGCCUCUGGGUGGAAAGAAAUAUAUGGCCACCGGAAAAGAGGCCAUAAGCUCUUCAUCAAAGAUCCUGCACUCUAUGCUCCGACUCCCAACGGAGUAAAUGCCAUCAUCACAGCACAGGAGGACGUCCACCAACGGAUGCGUCGUUUGCUGACCCACGCUUUCUCAAACAAAGCACUCAUGGCGCAGGAGGAGAUCCUCCAGACCUACGCCGAUAUGCUGAUUGAAAAGCUUCAAGGAAUUAUGGGAAACACAUCAUCACAGCGCAUCGAUAUUGCUAGCUGGUUCAACUUCACCACCUUCGACCUAAUCGGCGAUCUCGCUUUUGGCGAGCCUUUUGGAUGUCUUUCUAACAGCAAGUACCACUGGUGGGUACUCAUAAUCCUCGAUGCGGUCAAGGCCAGCGCAUAUCUCAAGGUCUUUUGGUUUUACCCUUUCCUCCUACCGUUCGUCAAACUCUUGGUACCUCGGGAUCUGAUCGAGAAACGCGAGAAAAGCUUCCAACUCAGCGUUGAGAAGGUUCGUCGUCGUCUCGCCCGUGACACAAGUCGUCCAGACUUCACUUCCUAUAUUCUAAAGCAUACGAAGGAAGGUCUGUCUAUGUCGCCUGAAGAAAUGGAUGCCAACUCGGCAGUGUUUGUGCUAGCCGGUAGUGAGACUACUGCUGCUCUCUUAUCCGGCGCAGUCUAUCUCCUUACUCGCAAUCGAGAAAAGUAUGAACGACUCGUCAGGGAGAUACGCGGUACAUUCAAGGAACAUGCCGAUAUCAAGCUUGCUGCCCUUUUUGAGCUUCCGUAUCUCAAUGCAGUUCUGCUCGAAAGCAUGCGUGUCUAUCCGCCCAUUCCCUCCAUGCUACCUCGAAUCGUCCCUGAAGGUGGAGCGAUGAUAAACGAUCGAUACGUCCCUGCCUCGACCUCUGUCUCGAUGUCUCCGUACUCGACUUUCCACGCCGCUGGUCAUUUCAAAUAUCCAGACACUUUCAUUCCAGAACGCUGGCUGCCCGAAACAGAUGAGUUCAAGGAUGACAAGCGGUCUGCUUUCCAGCCUUACUCUUGGGGCCCUCAAAACUGCCUCGGUCAACAUCUCGCCAACGCUGAGAUGCGACUCAUUCUUGCCAAGCUUCUCUGGAACUUUGAUAUCGAGCUGCCUGUUGAAUCUCUGCCAUGGAUCAAUCAAAAGUCCUUCUCGCUCUGGAAACGCCCAGCUCUUAUGGUGAACCUUUUGCGAGCAGGUAGAGUCUGUUGA